AUGGCUGCGAUGCCAAAACCCUCCGACUCCAAGACGGGCGGCAAGGCCACCGUCUUGCUUGGCUCCCAGUGGGGUGACGAGGGCAAGGGCAAGCUCGCUGAUGUACUUAGCGGCCAGAUGGACGUCUGCGCCCGAUGUGCUGGUGGUAACAACGCCGGUCACACCAUCGUCGCCGAUGUCAACGGCGUCAAGACCAAGUUCGACUUCCACCUUUUGCCCUCGGGUCUCGUCAACCCGCGCUGUGCCGGUUUCAUUGGCUCCGGUGUGGUGGUGCACGUCCCGUCUUUCUUUGCCGAACUCGAUACGAUCCAGAAGAAGGGUCUCAACUGCGAUGGGCGACUGUUCAUCUCGGAUCGCGCUCACCUCGUGUUUGACUUUCACCAGGUCGUUGAUGGCCUGAAGGAGGUCGAGCUUGGCGGAAGCAGCAUUGGCACCACCAAGAAGGGCAUCGGCCCGGCCUACUCUUCCAAGGCUUCGCGAUCGGGUCUGCGUGUCCAUCACCUCUAUGACCCAGAGCUGUUUGCUACCAAGUUUCGUAAGCUCGUCGAGGGUCGCUUCAAGCGAUACGGCCACUUUGAGUACGACACUGAGGGCGAGAUUGCUCGCUAUCGCGCAUUUGCGGAACGUCUGCGCCCUCACAUUGUGGACGGAGUCACUUUUAUCCACACGGCGCUCGCGCAGAACCGUAAGGUGCUGGUCGAAGGUGCCAACGCGCUCUUCCUGGAUAUCGACUUUGGCACGUAUCCAUUUGUCACUAGCUCGUCCACUUCGAUCGGAGGUGUGCUGACGGGUCUUGGCAUCCCGCCCACCGCGAUUGGCGACGUUAUCGGUGUUAUGAAGGCCUACACCACGCGUGUCGGUAUGGGACCCUUCCCCACGGAGCUGCACGAGGAGAUUGGCCACCACCUGCAGGAGGUGGGUGCCGAGUACGGCGUCACCACCGGCCGACGUCGUCGUUGCGGCUGGCUCGACCUGGUCAUGAUGCGCUACUCGUGCCUGAUCAACGGCUACACCAGCCUGAACUUGACCAAGCUUGAUGUGCUGGACCAGCUCAAGGAAAUCAAGAUUUGCGUCGGCUAUGUGGUUGAUGGCAAGGAGCUGCCCAGCUUCCCCGCCGACCUUGAGGUGCUUGCCAAGGUUGAGGUGCAGUACAAGACGCUGCCCGGAUGGCAGCAGGACAUCUCCAAGACUACCACCUGGGAAGAGCUGCCGGAAAACUGCCGAAACUACGUCGAUUUCAUCGAGCAGUUCCUGGGCGUCAAGAUCGAAUGGAUCGGCGUCGGUCCUGCCCGCGAGUCGAUGAUCCACCGUGCAGGAUGA